AUGCAGUGUUUUAGCCGAGCACAGAACGGUUUCCAACGGCUGAAGAAACGACUGCGAGAAAACAGCUUCGACAACCUCGUGAGUCUCGUAAUGGUCAUGCCCAGCCUGGUCGGAUUUGAGAUCACCAGAAGGAAAAUAUCCGUUCCUUUUUGGAUCAUACAUCUAUCGCUUCUUACCUAUGUGUACGGUAUGGGUAGCCUGGUGUACCAGGCCAAACAUGCGCGAGCAGCCAGUGACUUCAUCAAGAGUUUCGUCAACGUCUCCAUCUUAGUGCUUACGGCGAACAACAGCUACUGGUGGCUAACUCACAGGGAUCUAUUAAGGAAUGUACUACGAAAGGCUAAUGAGAGUGAUAAGAGCACUAUCCAAGCCGGACUGUUCGUCGACAAGCACCGGCACUCCUUAUGCAUGAUCAAACGGAUUUUGUUUAUUUUCUACUUUAUCAAUUUAACCAAUGAGUUUACGUCAUAUUUGCCGAAACGUGCUGACUUGAACGAAAAAACCUUCUCAAUGACACCUUGCGUUGGACUCAAGCCACUGACGUCCUCUCCACAACGUGAAGUCUGUAUAAUGCUGACAUCCCUUCAGGAAUUAACGAUCGUUAUCGUUGUACUAAACUUCCAGACAAUGAUGCUCUUGCUCAUAGCGCAUACUUCUGCCAUGUAUCAACUGCUCUCUGAUGAAAUCAUGACAUUUAAUACUUUACUUACCGAUCCGAGUAACUACGAUUUAGUAAAAGAAAGACUAGGCGCCAUUAUAAAGCGACACAUUCUCACUUUAGAUAUUAUAAAAGACAUCAGAAUUUUAUACAGCAUACCGAUGGGAAUCAACUUUGGUUCGAAUGCGGUAUGCAUGUGCUUUUUCUUCUUUUUGGAACCUGAAGAAUAUUUUAAUUUUAUGCCGAUAUCUAUGUAUUGUUUCAUCGUAUUUUUCUUAUACUGUUUCCUUGGGCAGCGGCUGACGAAUGCCGCGGAGGUGUUUUCUCGAGCUGUGUACAGUUGUGGCUGGGAAAUGAUGGAUAUUAAGGAACGAACAGCUAUAUCUAUAAUGCUUCUGCAGUCCCAGAAAGAUGUGGACUUACUUGCAGCUGAUUUGAUCCCAGUCAACAUGCUCACUUUUGCAAGCACGUCACAGGGCAUAUAUAAGUUUGUUACUGUUUUUAAAUUGUAGAGCAAGUAGACAACUGCCAAUAACUG